AUGUCCGAGAGAAAAUUUACCAGACGAUCAUCAUCAAGACAAAGCAUCAGAAACUGCAUUGAUGCAAACAACACUCUUUCUCGAUUUGACAACAUCACUUAUAAAACAGAUAGUAGUAGGCGAAGAUACAUAUCAGAGGAGAUAUCAAAACUCGGGAAAGGGAGCAUAAGUGCUCAGAUCUUUACAUUCCAAGAACUCUGCGCCGCCACCAAGAACUUUAACCCUGAGAAUCAGCUAGGUGAAGGUGGUUUCGGAAGGGUCUACAAAGGGCACAUAGAAACUCCAGAAAAGGUAGUUGCGGUUAAGCAGCUAGACAGAAAUGGCUACCAAGGGAACAGAGAGUUUCUUGUGGAAGUCAUGAUGCUGAGUCUCUUACAUCAUCAAAACCUUGUCAACUUGGUUGGAUAUUGCGUAGACGGUGAUCAACGGAUUCUUGUCUAUGAAUAUAUGCCAAAUGGCUCAUUAGAUGAUCAUCUUCUAGACUUGGAGCUGACCAAGAGGAAACCGUUGGAUUGGGACACAAGGAUGAAAGUGGCAGCAGGAGCAGCGAGAGGGCUUGAGUAUCUACACGAAACAGCUGAUCCUCCUGUGGUCUACAGAGAUUUCAAGGCCUCCAACAUAUUGCUUGACCAAGAAUUCAACCCAAAGCUUUCGGAUUUUGGUUUAGCUAAAGUUGGUCCGACCGGUGGACAGACUCACGUGUCGACGAGAGUGAUGGGGACAUACGGUUACUGUGCCCCUGAGUAUGCUCUCACGGGACAGCUCACUAUGAAAUCCGAUGUGUACAGCUUUGGAGUCGUGUUCUUGGAGAUGAUCACUGGGAGAAGAGUCAUUGACACGACCAAACCAACUCGAGAACAGAAUCUAGUGACUUGGGCUAGUCCGUUGUUUAAAGAUAGGAGAAAGUUCACGUUAAUGGCGGAUCCGUUGCUUGAAGGGAAGUAUCCAAUAAAGGGACUGUAUCAAGCGCUUGCGGUUGCAGCAAUGUGUCUACAAGAAGAAGCAGAAACGAGACCUAUGAUGAGCGAUGUAGUCACCGCGCUCGAGUACUUAGCUAUGACUAAAGGAGAAGAAGAUGGAGAAACGAGUAAAUAA